AUGAGGCUCUUUCUUUUACUUUCUUUCAGUAUUCUUAUGUUACUUGAAGGAUACACAACAGAAACUGAUGAGCAAUCGUUGCUCAAGUUCAAGUCUCAAGUAUCUGAAGGCAAAAGGGCUAUCCUGUCCUCAUGGAACAACUCAUUCCCUCUCUGCAAAUGGACAUGUGUUACAUGUGGCCACAAACACAAAAGGGUUACUGGCCUGAACCUGGGAGGAUUGCAAUUAGGUGGGGUAAUAUCCCCAUCUAUCGGUAAUCUUUCGUUUCUCAUAUCACUUAAUCUCACUAAUAACUAUUUUGGUGGUACCAUCCCUCAAGAGUUGGGAAACUUGUUUAGGCUUAAACACCUGUUUAUGUCAUUUAAUUUUCUCAAAGGAGAGAUUCCAACUAGUCUGUUUAACUGCUCUAGAUUGGUGGAACUUCAUUUACACUCAAACUCUCUUUCACAAGUUGUUCCAUGGGAACUAGGGACUCUGAGGAAACUUGUUUUGUUAGAUCUUGGUCGAAACAAACUUAAAGGAAAGUUUCCUGCAUCUCUAGAAAACUUGACUUCCCUCGAAGAACUUAGCUUUGUAGCAAACAUUAUGGAAGGAGAAAUUCCUAAUGAUAUAGCUAGGUUGGCUAAAAUGGUUGAUCUUCAGUUAGCAACAAACAACUUCUCAGGUGUUUUUCCCCAAGCAAUUUACAAUAUGUCAUUGCUUGAGAAUUUAAACAUCAUUGAUAAUGGUUUCUCUGGGAGCUUAAGGUCUGAUAUUGGUAACUUAUUACCAAACCUUCGAGGGUUAUUUAUCGGAAAUAAUUCUUUCUCUGGCGUAAUUCCAACAACACUUGCCAACAUCUCAAAUCUUCAAAAUUUGGGAAUGGAGAUUAAUAGUCUGACAGGAAGUAUUCCUCCAAGCUUUGGAAAAUUACGAGAUUUGCAACUCCUGUCUCUUCAUACUAAUUCCUUUGGAAGUGAUCACUCUCUCCAAGAUCUUGAGUUUUUGGGAGCUUUAAGUAACUGCACCCAACUGAGUGCAUUACUUGUAGCUUACAAUAGGCUUGCGGGUGACUUGUCUACCUCUAUAGCUAACUUAUCUACAAACAUCAACAUAUUAGAACUUCAGUCGAAUUUCAUCUCUGGAAGCAUUCCUCACGACAAUGGAAAUCUCAUAAACCUAAAAAUACUUUCCUUGGGAAACAAUCUAUUGACAGGAGACCUCCCAACCUCUCUUGGAAAGCUUUCGGGAUUAGAACAAUUCAGUGUCGGGUCAAAUAAAAUGUCAGGAGAGAUACCAUCUUCACUAGGCAACAUCACGCGAUUAGAAAGUCUCUGGUUGUUUAACAAUAGCUUUGAAGGAAUCAUUCCUCCUAGCAUUGGUAAAUGUAGUCAUCUGCUGUAUUUAUAUCUCCAAGAUAAUAAGCUGAAUGCGACCAUACCUCGGGAGAUCAUGCAAAUUGCACCGCUUGUUUUACUAAACAUGUCAAAUAAUUUGUUGACCGGUUCUUUGCCAGAAACUGUUGGGAGACUUGAACAUCUUGGCACACUUUCUGUUGCGCACAAUAGACUAUCAGGGAAACUCCCAGAGACUUUAGGAGAGUGUCUCUUGAUGGUACAACUUGAUCUACAUGGAAACUCUUUUGAUGGAACCAUUCCAGACCUAAGUGGGUUGGUGGGCGUUAAAGAGGUUGAUUUCUCAAACAAUAACCUCACCGGAAGCAUACCUGGGUAUUUUGCAAACUUCAGCUCGUUGGAACGUCUCAAUCUAUCCAUUAACAACUUCGAGGGGAAACUUCCAACAGAAGGAAAGUUUAAGAAUGCUAGUAUAGUUUCUGUAUUUGGAAACAUAAACCUAUGUGGAGGCGUCUUGGAGUUGAAACUAAAGCCAUGCAAGCAUUCCUCUUUCUCAAAGAAAGUUUUGAUUGGAGUAAGCAUAGGCGUAUCAUUGCUUUUGUUGUUGUUCAUAGCUUCUGUUUCUCUUUGCUGGUUCAGAAACAGAAAGAAGAACAAGACCAAUGAAGCAACUCCUUCCACCUUGGGCACUUUCCAUGAACAAAUAAGCUAUGGAGAUCUUCGAAAUGCCACAAAUGGUUUCUCUUCCGGUAAUUUGGUUGGUUCAGGCUGUUUUGGUACUGUUUUUAAGGCAUUGCUUCCGCCAGAGAACAAGGUUGUUGCAGUGAAAGUCUUAAACUUGCAGCAACGUGGAGCUAUGAAGAGUUUUUUGGCAGAAUGUGAAUCUUUGAGAAACGUGAGGCAUCGUAAUCUUGUCAAACUGUUGACGGCUUGCUCAAGUAUUGAUUUCUUAGGAAAUCAAUUCAGAGCGUUAAUCUACGAGUUCAUGCCAAAUGGAAGCUUGGAUAUGUGGUUGCAUCCGGAUGAAGUGGAAGAGAUUGCUAGACCCUCGAGAACUUUGACAUUACUUGAAAGACUUAACAUUGCAGUCGACGUGGCUUCUGUCUUUGAUUAUCUUCAUGUUCAUUGCCAUGAAGCUAUAGCUCAUUGUGAUCUUAAGCCAAGCAACGUCCUUCUAGAUGAAGAUCUAAUUGCACAUGUCAGCGACUUUGGUCUGGCUCGGAUUCUCCUCAAAUUCGACCAAGAAUACUUUCUCAAUCAACUUAGUUCGGCCGGUGUCAGAGGAACCAUUGGCUAUGCCGCACCAGAAUAUGGAAUGGGUGGGGAAGUAUCAACACACGGUGAUAUGUAUAGCUUUGGGAUUAUACUUUUGGAAAUGUUCAGUGGAAAGCGACCAACAAAUGAGUUGUUUGGAGGAAACUUUACCCUCCACAGCUAUAUUGAGUCUGCCUUGCCAGAGCGAGUAUUAGAAGUUGCAGAUGAAAAGAUUCUUCACAACGGCCUCAGAAUCGGAUUCCCUGUUGCUGAGUGCUUGAAACUUGUUUUGGAGGUGGGACUUAGGUGCUGUGUAGAAUCUCCAGUGAACCGGUUGGCAAUGAGCGAAGCCGUGAAAGAAUUAACCACAAUUAGAGAGAGGUUCUUCAGAUCCAGAAGAAGAGCUACGCAUUGA